AAUCCCUCGAUGCAAACAGGGGUUGGGUAAUCAAAAUCUUUCGAUCCACGAUUACGGCUUGAAAUCGACUGAGUUUCAGGCGAAAAGGAAUCGGCUUUCUCUACACUUUCGAUCUCCUAGAUUAUUUGUUUGCUGGUAUUCUUUUCUUUUCAAAAAUUGAAACCUAAUUAAGUCUAUUUAGUUCUUGGAAUUUGGAUAUUCUUGCUAUGUGGGUUUUGAUAGAAUUAUAUCGGCAUUCGGUGUUUCGUUACGCUUGAUUAGAUGACAGAGAUGGGGGGAUCUGAGCAUUCAGGAGCUGUCGUAAAGACAAAAAGCACUUCCGGAUGUUUGAUUAUUAAAAAGAAGGCAGCAUAUGGAGUAGAAGGGGUUUUAGGGUUUAGUGAUUCAUCUUCAAGGAAUUUAUUCAAUUCCAAUAAGGAGAGAAAGAGACCCCGAGUUGUUUUGAGCGACUCUGAGUCAGGUGAUGAGUUAUCCGACCCUCUUCGCCGAAAAGUUGAUACAAUCCAUACUGAAUCAGUUGCUUAUAAAAAAGAUUUAGUAGAAAAUAAAGAUUUUCAAACUGAGAAAAGGGUAAAAAAUGGAUUAGAUAUCUUAAAGUUUGAUGAGUGUGAUGAAAGGAGGAUUAGGAAGGAUGUUAGGCAAAAUGAGGAUCAAAGGGAAUCUGAAAGUGGCAGUACUAGGAUGAUUGUUGAUAACAAAAGGGAUCUCUAUUCUGAAAUGGAUGAUGAUGAAUUCAACCUACCAUUAUCAGUAUCAAAUGAGACUGAUGAAGAAGAUCUUGAUGAGCCUGUCAGGUUGCAACGGAUAAAUGGUGUUUUGAAGGUAAUGGUAAAUAAACAUAAACCAAUGGCUGUUUCACAUAGAGGUAAUGGUGAUGCAGAAGCUGGAGAUUGGAAAGAAUCUACAACGGGAGUUAUUGGCAAAAGAAAGCUGAGCUUGUCCCAUAAUAUUCGUGAUCAACGGGAAGCUAAAGAUAGACAGGGUUCCAGGCCUAGGGAUGCUAAUAAGAAGAGGCUUGGGGAUGGAACUAUAAAUACACGAAUUGAGAAUGCUAAUUCAGUGAAAGGCAAAAAAAGCAAGAUUAAGCGUGCUAGUUGCACAGAAAAGCAAUUAUUGCGGGAGAAGAUUAAGAAUAUGCUUCUUGGUGCUGGGUGGACGAUUGAUUAUAGACCAAGACGGAACAGAGAUUAUCUGGAUUCUAUAUAUAUAAGUCCUGCUGGAACUGCUUAUUGGUCUAUAACUAAGGCUUAUGAUGCACUCUUAAAGGAAGAUAAAGAUAGUUUGAAAGCCGGUGUGGAGUUUACUCCUUUACCCAAUGAGAUACUUAGUAAAUUAACAAGGCAAACACGGAAGAAAAUGGAAAGGGAAAUGCAAAAGAAUAGAAGUCAUGAAGGCAAUAGUAGGAAGUCUAAAAGGGCUAGGUUGAAAAAGUCUGCACUUCAAGUAGCCGGUGAUCAGCACAAAAAAAAACUUGGUUCGUAUAUGAGGCAAAGCCGUAAGUCAUCAGAAAGCAGGUUGAAGGAAAUAAGUCAGGAUAGCAGUGAUUAUGGUUACUCAAGUGAUAAUUCUGACAAGGAAACACCCCAGAAAGAUGGUGCCGAAAAGAGAACUGUUUGCAAUAAUUCUCAUAUUGUAAAUGGAAGAAAAAACAGAAAAGUUGGUCGACGUACUUUGUUGGGUCGUGGUUCUGACAAGGGGCUAAAUUUAGAAAAUAAUGGGUUUGUUCCAUACUCAGGAAAACGAACCCUGCUCUCCUGGUUAAUCGACUCUGGAACGGUUUCUGUGGGUGAAAAGGUGCAAUAUAUGAACCUUCGAAAGACACGGGUAAUGCAAGAAGGCUGGAUAACUAGAGAUGGAAUCCGUUGUGGUUGCUGCAGCAAAAUAGUAACAAUUAUAAGGUUUGAGCUUCAUGCAGGAAGCAAACUUGGCAAGCCUUUCCAGAACAUUUUUGUAGAGUCUGGUCAGUCCUUGAUGCAGUGUCAGAUUGAUGCUUGGAAUAAACAAGAAGAGUCAGAAAGGAAGGGGUUUCAUGCUGUAGAUAUUGAUGGUGAUGAUCCUAAUGAUGAUACCUGUUGCUUAUGUGGGGACGGUGGAGAUUUGAUCUGCUGUGAUGGCUGCCCAUCAACCUUUCACCUGAGCUGCUUAGAUAUGCAGAUGCUUCCUCAAGGUGAUUGGCACUGUCCAAAUUGUGCCUGCAAAUAUUGUGAAGUAGUUGGUGGAUAUUGCACCAAGGCUAGCGACAAAACUGAAAGUUCACUUCUUACAUGCUGCCUUUGUGAGGAAAAAUAUCAUAAAUCAUGCAGCCCCGAGAUGGAUGACAAGCCUGUUGAUUCCGAUGAUCUGGACUUUUCUUUCUGUGGGCAGAACUGCCGUGAGCUAUACUGCAGCUUGCAGAAGCUUCUUUGGAUCAAGCAUGAACUGGAUUCAGGAUUCUCCUGGUCGCUUAUCCAUCGAUCCGAUCCAUUACCAGAUGUGUCAUCUGUAAAUUUUUCUCAAAGAGCAGAAUGCAAUUCUAAGCUAGCUAUUGCCCAGUUGGUCAUGGAUGAGUGUUUUCUGCCCAUCGUUGACAGGAGAAGUGGCAUCAGUCUAAUUCAUAACGUUGUGUAUAAUUGUGGAUCAAACUUUAGCCGGUUAAACUACAGUGGCUUCUUCACAGCCAUUUUGGAGAGGGGUGAUGAAAUGAUUUGUGCUGCAUCCAUCAGGAUCCAUGGAACUCAACUAGCUGAGAUGCCAUUUAUUGGGACCCGCGAUAUGUAUAGACGCCAAGGGAUGUGUCGUCGCCUAUUGCAUGCUAUUGAAUCAGCCCUCUCCUCCAUCAAAGUUGAGAAGUUGGUUAUUCCCGCUAUCGAAGAACAUUUGCAUACAUGGACUAAUGCUUUUGGCUUCAACCGACUUGAAGAUUCAUGCAAACAAGAAUUGUCUUCAGUUAAUAUGUUGGUGUUUCCUGGAACAGAUAUGUUACAAAAGCCGCUAAUGAAGCAAAAUAUAACUUCAGUCGAAGGCAAGAAAGGUGUUGAAGUAGAAGAUUGCAAUAAAUCAGAAUUGAAAGAUACAGCCAUGGAGGAUGGAAACCAUUCUGAACCUGAAAUCCGGUUAUCUGGAAAGAAAUAUGAUAGGCAAUCCGAUACCAAUGCUCUAAAAAAUGUGGAGGAUGGGAAUGAGACUGCUGAAGGAAAUGCUGGUGCUGAUUCCAGUUCCAUGGUAGAAACAAUUGAUUUGCAGAAUGACAAUGAGACGGCAAUCAGGAUUACUGAUGCCAAUUCACUUCAAUCCCAAGUUCCUGAUACCAUUUCCACAGACAUUUCCCAUGAACCUCAACUUCAAGUUGCAGCAAAGGACUCUGUUUCCACUGAUGAACAUUCUGAUUCCAUUCCUGCACAGAAUGGCAAUGUCACUGGUUUACCUUCACCUCGAUCACCUCCUGAUAUUCCACUGGAACCAGACCUUGAAUUCCCAGGAAAGGAAUCUGCCUCUAUAGAUGUACAGUCUGUUUCCAUGGAAAAAGAGAUUGAUGUGCAGGACGCAACAGGAGUGUCUGAUUCCAUUGUUGCUCAUUGUACAAGAAAAUGAAGAAACAUAUAGAAAGGAGGACAUCAUAUACACAUUUUCUUGUGUAGAAUCCCAUUUGUUUUUAAAAUGAGUUGCUUUGCAGUUUUCUAA